AGUCACAGUAAUGUUUCUAGAAACAAUUCCGGAAUCGGUUACACUUUUCAAGGGAAGAAUGGGAAACCUGAAAGCUGGCUAUUUGAUUGUGGCGAUGGUAUUAGAUUCUUAGAAUACUGUGACCUUUAGCUACAGUAACGAAUAUUUAUCACCAGAAUACACCGUGUACGGCAGCUUCCAUAUCAAGGGUGUUUAUUACACAUCUUCAUUUGGAUCAUGUGGGUGGUCUAGCUUCUCUGUUAUCUAUCCUUUGUAAUGGUUUUUAUUUUUUGUCUGUUCCCUAUAUUUUAGGUUAUUUGAAAAGAAAUAAUUCUGCUUUUAAAGUUUACGGACCAAGAGGUAUAGCUCAGUUGCUCACUUCCAUUCUUUUUCUAACCGAUACACAUAUUGGAAUUCCUAUAGCGAUUUAUGAAUUCCUGAAUCCUGGAGAAGAAUUGUCUGCUAAAGAGAAUAAAUACUCUUUUAUAUCUGUUUCUGCUAUUUAUCCUGAUGCAGACGGUUAUUGGACCGUGUUUUCGAACCCUGCUUUCACUGUACGUUCAGGAAGAUUAAUUCACGGUGUGCGUUGCCACGGCUACUGCAUUGAAAAGAAAGUGGGUCAUCCAGAAAAAGUGGCUAUUUUUGGCGAUACGUGUGAUUCAUCGUAAACGCGUUAUUCGCAUUCAAUUUAGUCAUAUGAAUGAGUUAGUAAUGAACUGCGAUGUAUUAGUGCACGAAGCGACGGUGGGUCCGAUUCUUUCGGACAUCAAUCGUGAUUAUCUCGAUUGUUCUGAAACCGAAUGGAAAACAAUUCAGAAUCAAAUCGACAACGAUCCCGAACUCUCAGAAAAGUGGAAUCGCGCGGAAUUGCGUGCUCCGAGCAUCGGCCAUUCGACGAUAAAACAAGCGGCGCAAUUUGCUCAGAAGGUUCAUGCUAAAAAGCUCUGCUUAGUACAUAUCGGAGGAAGAUAUCAAGCGAAAUCAGAGGGACAUAAGAGAGCGAUUCGUGAAAUGAUGCGAUUUGAAGCGGGGAGGUAUUUUGAAGGGAAUGUCGAAGUGGGUGAAGAUGGAAUGAUUCUGAACGUUUAA